AUGUCAGCAAUACCAGCACACACCACAAACAUUACUGCUGAGUCCUCGGAAGAUCGCACCGGCACGGAGGACAAUCCCACCAAACCCGCAAUUCACCACGGCAAUACUGGCGACAUGGACAUCACGGAGGUUCGUGCGCUCACUUUUGACCGUCUGCGCUACCACUAUCCGUACCUCAAAGACGCUGCACUCGAAGCUAUACUCGACACAACCACCGCCGCCAUUAUAGAUGGAGUCAAGAAGCAAGAGCCAGUCAUGGUAGCAAUCAAGGCUCGCAUAUCGUUCCUUGGCCUGCCAGCAGAGCUCCGGAAUGCGAUAUACGAGAUCGUACUGCCUGAGAAUGAUCGAGAACUUAAAAUCGACAUGGCACUUCGUUCUCUCGCUGGCUAUUCUCUCCAGAACGUCGUGCGCGUCUCCCGUCGAAUUCGCGCUGAGACCUUGUCGGUUUUCUGCGCGGACAAUGCAGUACCACUGAGAGUCGAAUGCGAAGGCACUAACGACGCUUGGACAUCACACUACGAGAUCACCCGCUGCUUCUUCUCCACUGAGACUGUCGCAAAGAUAAAAGACUUUGGCAAGCUUCAAUUCGGACUAGUAAAAGCCGUCGAGCUGGAGGUCAAGCAUUCGAUGAAUGGCGGGCCAGCAAGCUGCAGCCUGCCGUUCUCUGCUGAGGAUUUGGCGAAGCUCUUGAGCUUGGAGGAGUAUGGAAUACAGGCCGAGAGCGUUGAGAUCAAGCGUCACUGUCGGUGCAGCCACCGGCAGCGACAAGUCUGGGACUAG